AUGACUGAGGGCAACUACUCUGGGACAGCUGAAUUUAUCCUCACAGGGUUUUCAGAUCACCCAGACCUGAAGACUCUUCUGUUCCUGCUGUUCUUUGCCAUCUAUCUGAUCACCAUGGUGGGCAAUCUGGGUUUGGUGGUCUUGAUUUACAUGGAACGUCGUCUUCACACACCCAUGUACAUCUUUCUGGGUAACCUGGCUCUGAUGGAUUCCUGCUGCUCCUCAGCCAUCACUCCCAAGAUGUUAGAGAACUUCUUCUCUGUAGACAAAAGGAUUACCCUGUAUGAAUGCAUGGCGCAGUUCUAUUUCCUCUGUCUUGCUGAAACCACAGACUGCUUUCUUCUGGCGGCAAUGGCCUAUGACCGCUACAUGGCCAUAUGCGAUCCUCUGCAGUACCACACUGUGAUGUCCAAGAGACUCUGCCUUCAGAUGACUAUAGCAGCAUACAUAGCUGGAAACUUGCAUUCCAUGAUUCAUGUAGGGCUUUUGCUAAGGCUAACUUUCUGUAGGUCUCAUGUGAUCAAGCACUUUUUUUGUGAUAUCCUUCCAUUAUACAGCCUUUCCUGUAUUGACCCAUAUAUUAAUGAGUUGAUGGUACUUAUCUUUUCAGGGUCAAUUCAAGUCUUUACAAUCACUGUGGUCCUGACUUCUUAUAUGUAUAUACUUUUCACAAUAUUCACAAUGAAGUCCAAAGAGGGCAGAGGCAAAGCCUUAUCUACUUGUGCCUCCCACUUCCUGUCUGUGUCCAUAUUCUAUGGUUCUCUUCUCUACAUGUAUAUCCGACCUAGUUCAGUUAAUGAAGAAGAUAAAGAUAUACCCAUUGCUAUUUUUUACACACUAGUAAUUCCUUUAUUGAAUCCUUUUAUUUAUAGUCUAAGAAACAAGGAAGUAAUCAAUGUUAUGAAAAGAAUAAUGAAGAGUUAUUCAAUCUUCAAGAAUUUAUGUAGCUUCCAGAUUCUUUCUUGUUGA